CUUGAAGGAUCUUCCUUUCCGCUUUUGAAAAAGCAACUUCUCAAUGAAGCCCGCGCCCAUUUUUUUCAGCUUGUUUAAGUAGUACUACGGGUAAGAAGUACGUACAGAAGACUAUGAUUUGGCUCUUAGGAGACGCGGUCGUGUUGCAAUGACUCCUGCCGAGAAGAGAAGCGAAACGCAUUCGUAUUCCAAACGGCACGUUCUCUCGACAAAAAGAAUCAAUGCAUCUUAACUUGGGAUUCGUAUUCGUGCUCCUGUUACUGGAGAAGUCUGAAUACUUGUUAUGUGCAACGUUCGCAAUCAAAAUAUUUCAGAACGCCAAGUAAACAUGAAAUUUUUUUUAACGCACAACGUCCCUUAAUCACCAUCGAACAUUUUCAAUAAUUAGUGUUUCAAACAAUCGUGUGUGCUUGUAGUCGCGCGCAUGCGUCACUUUUGAUGUUAAUUGUUGUCACACAUAUUAUUUGCAUGUGCAGACGAGCGUCCUCGUACUCGUUCGGAGACGUUAUUGCAUUUUUCUUUCGAAUGUUGAAAAUAUUGCUUCUCCAACUGAGCAUUACAGUACGUACCGUAUUUAUUGUGAUGAAAGAUUUUUUAAAUUGGGUUAUGAUUCAAUAGCAUAUCGGAAGAAAGCAAAGAACCAAAAAAUACAGAAAAGGACAAUCAUUGGUGCAAUUUAGAGAAGGAAAAGAAAGUAACGAAAAACGAAAAACACCACUUGUAAUUGUUAUCGGGGAGCAUUUGUCACGAAAAGUGUAUGAUAAACUAGUCCUUGAGAAAGAGAAAUUGCUUCGAUAAUGAUUGAGGAUCAAUCGAAGCUGAUACGCCACCGCGGUUCAAUUGGUUUGCCAAUCGAGCAACAAAAUUCUAUUACGGAUCCGAUGAUGGGCAGCGGAUUCCAUUCCCAAAGCGAGGGAGACGGGAGCAAGGGAAAAAGAACGAAUUCCAUCUGCUUCAACCAAAGGUUAAUGACGAUCACGGUCACGCCUCGAUCAUUGUUACUCACAGUGGUGUGUGUUUGCCUUGGAUCUCAUCUCGUUCGCAAUAACGGGGACCGCGAACUAUCUUCACUACCACAUUCUAUCGCAAGUAAUGAUUUUUUCGCAACGAUGGACGCGAAUCCAAUCGACAACGAUCCACGCGACAACGAUCAUGGACAAUGUACGUAAUGCAAACAAAGUCAUACGAACAAAGAGUCAACAACCAUCUUGUUUACAGAGUUUCGCUUUUGUUUCGAUUUUGCCACAACUGCUAACAUGGAUUCUUUGAACACAUUAUCGCUUGCUACAACUUUGCAAUGGGUAACUCACUGCAUUGUGCUGGAAGGCGGAAUUUGGAUGGCCCCCUCAUCUCUUUUGCCCUACCCCGGUGUAAGUUUGCAAAUCUUUAGGGGAGAAAGUUUUUUUAAAAACUACACCAAACGAAAACUACCUCUUUAUCACACAAUAUUCGCACAACUAAUUCUUUAUGAUCUGCUUCUGGCCUGUUUAGUACGGGAUAUUCACAACUCGAAACAUACACCGAAAAGAAUCAAUCCUCCACGCACCAGACGCGGUUUCGAUACAGAUCCGGGAAGCUCACCGGUUCAAAAAGAUGCCGCAGAGCGCAGAGAGGCAUCGCUGGUGGGACAACACCUUUGGAAACGUGCGUAAUGGAAGCAAAGAAGGAAAAAUACACAAAGUGUUGCGUACAGCAAGUGAUUGGAAUCAUAUUAUGGCCGCUAACAAUACCUCGUUUUCGACCUAUUUCUUUGCCCCAAAUUUUGUUGUUGGCUUAUUACACACGCACGAAACAAACAAAAGUAUGUAUGGCAUAGAGGUGUCGGUGACCACGCGAGGUACGAUCACCCUUACAUGACAUCGGAUUUUCAGCCAGGCUUUGGCGCCCUGCCAAACCACCAUUGCGUUCUCUCCUCACUUGACUUCCGAAUGGCCGAGGACACGGUUCGUGAUGGCCUGGUCGGAUAUGACAGCCCCGGGCGAGGAGCCUUUUCGUACACGGUUGGGCGGGAUUUUUACGCAACGCGGGAACUCUCGGCAGGGGAAGAAAUAGUAAGUCGUAUCAUCAAAAUGUGUCUGUUCCACCCACUGUAGAACAAUUCCCAAGUGUGUGGUCUCACAAUCAAUCUACUGGUACCUU